GUUCGAGUGGAAGGCUUUAACUACAUUGGCAUGGGCAAUUCCACUAACAAGAAGGAUGCACAGAGCAACGCUGCUCGAGACUUUGUCAAUUACUUGAUUCGGGUGAAUGAAAUGAAGAGAGAUGAAAUUCCUGCGUUUGGCCCGGCAGCUGGUGAUACUCCUGAUGGACAGAAAGCAGCCAGGGAUGUUACUGAUUCCAGCUCUACUUUGGGUGGACCUCUUCCUCCGCAUUUGAUUAUAAAGGCUGAAAUAGGCAAUGGUGCAGGUGCAGCACCUGGAAACUCUGGCAGUCACGGAGCUCAGUGGGAUCGGGGUGCAAAUUUGAAUGAUUACUAUUCAAAGAGAGAGGAGCAAGAAGUGCAGGCAGUAAGUCAUUCUUCAGAAGUGGACUUAAAUGCCGAUCUUCAUGGGAAUUGGACCUUGGAAAAUGCCAAGGCACGUCUGAAUCAGUUUUUCCAAAAGGAGAAGAUUCAGGAAGAAUAUAAAUACACUGAAAUGGGGCCUGAUCACAACAGGAGCUUUAUUGCAGAAAUGAACAUUUAUGUGAAGCAGCUGGGCAGAAGGAUUUUCGGUCGUGAGCAUGGAUCAAACAAAAAGCUGGCAGCACAGUCCUGUGCCCUUUCCUUGGUUAGACAGCUCUACCAUCUUGGUGUCAUAGAACCUUACUCUGGACAGACAAAGAAGAAAGGAGAAGCGGUGGAACCUUAUGAGGUGUCGCUGUCUUCUGACUUAGAAAAUCAGCUGCAAAACACAGUACGGGAACUGUCUCUGGAGAUUGUGCCUGUGCCUGAAGAUCCCAGUGAUCCAGUUCUGAUUAACGUUGGAAAGUUGGCCCAUUUUGAACCAUCGCAGAGACAAAGUCAUACGGGAGUUGUUCCAUGGUCACCACCUCAUUCCAACUGGAACCCUUGGACCGGCUGCAACAUUGAUGAGGGUCCUCUGGCAAAUCUCACUCCAGAGCAAAUAAGCAUGGAUUUGAAAGGUGAUUUCAUGUACCGUUUGGAGGAGGAUGAGGAGCUACAACGGAUCCAACAGGAGAGAGAGGCCUUACCUGUGAAGAAUUUUGAAGGUGAAAUUCUGGAUGCAAUCCAUCACAAUUCUGUUGUUAUCAUUCGUGGUGCCACUGGUUGUGGCAAAACCACGCAAGUGCCCCAGUACAUCCUGGAUGAGUACAUCAAAACCAAUAGAGCUGCAGAGUGCAACAUAGUAGUGACACAGCCGCGGAGGAUCAGUGCAGUUUCUGUAGCAGAGCGUGUCUCGUACGAGAGAGGAGAGCAGCUUGGGCAAAGCUGUGGGUACAGCGUGCGAUUUGAAUCUGUGCUGCCUCGGCCUCAUGCCAGCGUGAUGUUCUGCACUGUAGGUGUUCUUCUGAGAAAAGUGGAGGCUGGGAUCCGUGGCAUUAGUCAUGUUAUUGUUGAUGAGAUCCACGAGAGAGAUAUUAAUACUGACUUUCUCUUGGUGGUGCUGAGAGAUGUAGUUCAGACGUACCCUGAAAUCCGGGUUAUCCUCAUGUCUGCCACCAUUGAUACUAGUAUGUUUUGUGAAUACUUCUUCAAUUGUCCUAUCAUCGAAGUCUUUGGUAGAACCUACCCUGUCCAAGAUUACUUUCUGGAAGAUUGCAUUCAGAUGACUCAGUUCGUUCCUCCGCCAAAGGAAAAGAAGAAGAAAGAGAAGGAUGAAGAAAGUGGUGAAGAUGAUGAUGCCAAUUGUAACCUCAUUUGCAGUGAUGAAUAUGGCCCGGAAACGAAGUACUCCAUGGCUCAGCUGAAUGAGAAAGAAACUUCUUUUGAACUCAUUGAGGCCCUGCUACUUUAUAUCAAGACCCUGAACGUCCCGGGAGCUGUACUUGUUUUCUUGCCUGGCUGGAAUUUGAUAUAUACAAUGCAGAAGCAUCUUGAAAUGAAUCCAUGCUUCGGAGGCCGCCAGUAUAGAAUUUUACCUCUGCACUCCCAAAUUCCUCUGGAAGAACAGCGUCGAGUGUUUGAUCCUGUGCCUCCCGGAGUAACGAAAGUUAUUUUAUCUACCAGCAUUGCGGAGACUAGCAUUACCAUCAAUGAUGUGGUCUAUGUUAUAGACUCCUGCAAACAAAAAGUGAAGCUGUUCACCGCUCAUAAUAACAUGACAAACUAUGCCACAGUCUGGGCAUCAAAAACGAAUUUGGAGCAGCGGAAAGGAAGAGCCGGACGUGUGCGUGCUGGAUUUUGUUUCCAUUUGUGCAGCAGAGCUCGCUUUGAAAGGCUUCAGACUCAUAUGACACCCGAAAUGUUUCGAACACCACUUCACGAAAUUGCUUUGAGCAUCAAAUUGCUGCGCCUGGGAGGAAUUGGCCAGUUUUUGGCCAAAGCGAUAGAACCCCCACCUUUGGAUGCAGUGAUUGAGGCAGAACGCACGCUAAGAG